CACAUCCACCCUGAAGGCGGCGCUAAGUACUUGCCAUGCACCUCCACGACGUCGUGCUGCUGAAAAGUAUGGCUGCGUAAAGUUACUUCCUAUGUUUUUAAAGAUUUGUUUGGCGUAAAGCUUCUGUCAGGCCGUGUUUUUGGUCCAGGCUGUGUUUUGGGUCCAGGUCAUGGCUCAGGUCGAGACCGGACAGGAACCACCAAGUUGCGCCCAGCAGCUGCUGCGUCGUCUGAAGGUGCCGUUGAUCGAGGCCCUGAGUGCAGACCCUGACUUUGUGCUUCAGCACGCAGACUCCCUCAGCCUGUUAUCCCACCGUGAGUACCGACAGCUCAAAGCCCUAACGGACCCGUACAAACAGGCUCGGGACCUUCUGGACCAUGUAAUCCACAAAAGUGGUGACACUUCCGAGGAGUUUCUGCAGCUCCUGAUGGGCAAAGAACUACAGGAGAUGUUUCCAAAACUUAUGAUCCUCAAGGAGCUGCCAGGGAAUGAUCAAGGUUUAGCAGGGGAAAAGAGAAGGCAAACAGUUGAACCAGAGGAGAACCUUCCUGCUAAACAGACAUGUAGUAAUGGUUCUAAGAUGGUGAAGGAGAAAGAUCUGAUGCGUGUGGCUCGAGGGAUUGGUCACUCCUGGCGGGAGAUUGGGACUGGAGCCCUUGACAUCCCCUCAGUGCAGCUGGAACAGAUCCAGGAGAACUACCCAAACAACCAUGUGGACCGGGUGUUUGCUAUGCUUCGCUACUGGAGCAGACUGAAGAGGUCUGAGGCCACGGCGGCCUGUCUUCACUCCCUUCUCAGCCAGGGUGACUGGGCCCUGCCACCAGACAGUAUAGACUUUCUCCUGGACACCAGCUAAGACUCUCGUUAGUUUCCCCUUAGUAUUGACUCUUAGCUACAAUUGUUUGGCAUGUCUUCUCUCUUGCUAGCCCCUCCUCUGACAGUCAACAAGCUUGUUAAUUGUUUGAAGAGAGUAGUGUGCAGGCAAGGUAAACAGCAAGACAGAUAGUUGUUGAAUUUUGUGCCAAAAUGAGGGAGAUAUUUCUUUCCUUAAGGCUUCAAAUUUGUACUUAAGCAGCUGAGAAACCUUCAUAACACACUUCAAAAAGCACCCAGGAAGGGUUCAGGACAAAACUCUGGACUGCUCUGAAUCGAGGCCAGAUUGAAAUCGUUUGGAAGCACCCUUCUGGGAGGACUGGACCAGUUUGCACAAUUAGCCUGGGCCAACCUGCUAGUAAAGCAGUGCAGGAGCCUCAUCCAUUGUUGUAGGAAGCGCAUGAUUGCAGUUACGGCAAAUCGGCAAAAGGCUGUGUAAUAUUCUGGUCCCAGUCUUGGUUGGUCUAUAAAAACAUAACUCAAACAUUGAACAUUCCCUGGACUGUGGUGAAAUACAUUAUAAAUCUAUUUAUUUUUUAUUUUUUAAAGAAUAUUGCUUGACUACGACUCUGCCUAGAGCAGACUGUUAACUGAGGUUGAAUGAUCAGGCAAGGAUAUAGGUGUUGAGAAAAGCCACCACAGGGGAAUGGUGACUCUUGUGUAACUCCAGAGUUCUACAGCCAGGAUGGGAGAAGUGAUCCAUAUGUCAGACAUUACCUGUGUGCGCCAGAAAACAACAUCAAAAAGUGGUGCAGAGAAAGACUUUGAUUUGAUUUUAUCAUAAUAGUAUUUGGGUGUGUGGAAGAUACAGAAUACGGUACGUUGUUGCCUCCAAAGUAGCCUGGUAGAAAGAGCGGCCUCCCAGGCUGAUUAUGCAGCUUUGUCUAUUACUGUAAUUAAAAUAUCAUUACAUUAAAACUAAUUUAUCAAGGUCAGCAGGUAGGCAGCAGUUAGCCAAGCGGUUAUAUGGUCUCAUUGUUAAUCAAAAGGCUGCUAUAUUCAAUCCUGAUCUUCCACUGUGACAAAACAGAGUUUGAGAGUCAAGAAACUUCAGGUGGUGAGAUAUAGUUUUUUCCUUAUUUUUUAAGCACGAUAAACUGGAAUUGGGUCCCUUCCUGAUUUGCUCCUAUUGAAUAAAUAUUUAUUGUGGACAGAAUACACACCAGGUAAAACAUUUUUUAAUGACUUAAUUUGUAUUUCGAGGCAGGCUUCAAUAUGCAAAAAUCCAAUAUGCAGAGGUAGUCUUAUUGUUUGCAUGGUAAAAGUUGUUUGUCCAAAAUGUUUUUAUUUUAUUUUAAGUCUCUUACAAUGUGGGCCUGAUUUAAACACCAUACGAAGGCUGCUAUAGGCUACAAAUCAGAAGCUGUGUGAAAAUGUUAUUGGCGCCAUUGGUUUUGUUUGCUGGUAAA